UAAAGGGGUUCUCAUUCGCCUCAGCCAUGAAACAAUGUUUCCUUGGUUAGUUGGUUUUCAGCAGCGACUCUACUUCACAGGAGACCGACUGGGCUCCAGAUUUUGUGUGUGACCUUCCAGGAACAGAAGAUGAAUUAAUCUACAGAUAUAAGUCAAGAUGGAGAAUCGACAGACUAUUUUGACCUGCCUUAUUGUGAUCCUCGUGGCCUUAUCACGGCUUAGCGAGGGUGGCUACGUUGCACAGUGCAACAGGCUGACGUUCGACCACUACGUGCAUGGUUACUGCCUCCCAAACUUCAACCAGAGCAUGGAAGCUAGCAACUAUCAGCACAGAUGUCCCUGGCCUACCUUUAAAGGCUCCUACAUCAUUUUGAAUCACUGUGUGGAACAAGUAGCCACCAGUACCAGGUGUGUGGAGCCUUCACUGAAGGACGAAAUCUUCCUAGAGGUACACCAGAUGUUCUUCUCACUCUGCUCGCGUGUGGAGGACCCGGCUUUCGCUGUCCUGAUGUUGCUGAUUCUGCCUUGUAUCAUCACCAUUCUGCUUCUCCCCCUGCUGUGUGUCCACAUCACCACAACCACUGGGCUCUGAGAACCAACCCUCUUGGUGGACAAAUCUUACAAAUGCACAAACACACACACACACACAUACAAAAUAAACUUUCACGUGAGACACACUAGACGUAGCCAACAGAAAGUUGGAUAUCUGUUUAACAUUCAGAAACACACAUUUUUGUACACCCAUAUAUUGUAUGCUGAAUAAUGGUACUUAUAGUAUUGUAAUACCCUGUUAUGUUCUUAAAUAAGCCUUGAAUAAAAAUGUGAUAGAUUUAUUUGAAACACAUAAUAAAGAUUUAUUUGAAACACAAAUAUUUAUUUUCAGACAAAAAAAUAACAAUUUGUUUUACAGUAGUUUGAAAACCCCUUUACAAUAAUAACAGGCUGAACCGCUAUUCAAGUAUCCACAUAACAUAAGUAUCUUUCAGUAUUGCUAAUGCUAAAGUAAUUCAUAAUUUAUCAUAAAAUUAACUCACAUACUUUUUUUUCUCAGACAGACAAACCCCACUUCAUCAGGUAUCGUUUUCAGAGCAGAAAGACUUAUCUUUGUGUGUGUAUGUGUGUCACUAUAUUUGUGUGUGACAUGGCUUCAGGAUGAUUUUAACACAGGUAUAGCAUGUAUAAACCAUACUCACCUUCUUAAGAGUGACACUAAAAACAUUGUCCUUCAUUGAGAGAUAUGUCAUAAGUUCUUCAUUACAAGUGAGCUGCAGGAAAUCCUUUAAAUGCCACAAGACCGUCAAUUAAAGUCAAAUUCACCUACCUAACAAUAAACCCGUUAUCUACUUCCCCAGAGUCUGAUGAACUAGUGGAUACCAUUUUUAUGUCUCUGCGUACAGUAUUUGCGAGUCAAUGCUAACUAGCAUUAGCACAAUGACUGGUGCUAAUGCUAACUGUUCCAGUAGACUUCCAGUCAUUGUGUUAAUGCUAGUUAGCAUUGAGGUAACUAGCUCGUAGCUUCAUUGUCAAAAUCUUGAACUAUCCCUUUAAAGGGGACCGUCACCUUUAUAACUUUGUAUUCAUUACAUGGUGCAAACUUGUAGGACAAGUUGGGAAUGACCCAUUAAUAAAAAUUAAAAAACUGGACAUACAAUAGGAUGUUGCCACAGGGUUAGCAGUGCUAUCUUAUUACUUAUGAAGGUAGAUACAUAAAAGAUAUACAGGUAAUCUAAUUGCAUACAUUUCUGAUUGUCUACAGUACUUCCUAACGCCUUCACAAAUGUCCUAGUCAUCCAAUCAAAUGAAGAAAAAAAAGAUCCCAGAGACUUCAAGUGAGAGACGGGUAAGUAGCAGCGGCUAACAAAUAACGCUAUAUUCCUAGAUUUUGGGUGGGUGGUCUGGUCUGUACUAGCAUGGAGGUAUCAGGCGACGAAACAUUGUGGAUUCCCAACAUCUAACAUGCCAGGCCUUUUUCAUGGGCCUAGAACUAUUUUCUUUUCAUGUCCCUGCUCCAAAUCUUGAGGAAUCCAGACAGAACAGAAGAAAGUGGCUACACUAUACCUUUUUAUUAUCUUGAAUAAUAACCACUCUUCCAAAUCUUUAUUUUUUUUCCCAGUGAUUGAGUGAUUGUUUUACUGAGUGUAGGCAUAUCCACCACAGGGCCACGGGGAUCUCUGGUAGCCCUCAACACACCAGCAAGCCCGUGUUCUCAAACAACAAUGACCUUUCCCCAUUUUUCCUUCACAUCAAGUGAGGGGGAAGCUUUCUCCCCUUGCCCUCUUCCCAUUUUCAUGUCUGACGCCAUGGUAACAGUGAUACCUUUUGCCUUUGACAUGCCAAAUACAAUGCCAGUAGCUGUCUAUUACUCCAAGCCCAGAGUAAAGCACGGCCACUUUGGUCUGAGAUUCUAUUGACUUAAGUCCUUCCUUCAGAAGCCAAGUUGACGCUAGCAUACCUCCAGUUUAACAGAGCAGCGGAAGAAACAGUGCAGACAAAGUAGAGACUAUCAAAACAACAUCCCUGGAAACUUACUAUAUAGGCCUGUACAUUCAAUACGUCUCACACGGUAGGGGCUAAGUAGGUUGUCCAUACACAACAUGCCAUUGCAAUUCCAGUAUCUACACUCUUAGGGAAAAAAGCUGCUAAAUAGUAGUACCUUGUAGGGUUCUUCGGAUUGUCCCCAUAGGGGGAACCCUUUGCAGAGGGUUCUAUCUUGAAUCUUUUAUAUAGUGUUCGUUAUAGAACUCCCUGUAUAUGGUUCUACCUAGAGCAUGCUGGGAAAUACUGUAUGAUAUAUGGUUCUAUGAAGAACCCUUGCCUUCCAAAGAAUCCUUAUUGCCAUCCAAAGAAUUAUCAAAGAACUCUUUCCUCCAAAAACUGUUCUUAGAAUAUUAAAGGUUCUAGGUAGAACCCUUUCCCUUACAAAGAACCCUUGUCUUCCAAAAAGGGAUCUUCAGAUGAAAACGGUUCAUGGUAGAACCCUAUCCCUCCACAAAUAACCUUUUUAGAACCUUUUUUUCUAAGAGUGUAGUGUUUGUACGACAAGAGUCAAUAAGACAUGUGAUGUUACACUUCUCUAGUGGGGUCUAUUUAAAAAAAAAAAAAAGCAUUAUCAUAUU